UCAAGUUCAAUCCCUGGUACCAAAAAAACCAAAACAAAACAAAAACUAAAGCAAAACAAAAAGUCUGCAAUGUUGACAAGUCCAGUUUAUCAAAGUUGUUCUCAUGGGCCGGGGAUUUAUCUCAGUGGUUCGGGAUUUAUCUCAGUGGUUCCACUGCCUGCCUCAAAAGCGCAAGGACCCAAGUUCAAUCCCCGGUACCAAAAAACAAACAAAGUUGUUCUCUUAUGGAUCGUGCUUUUUGGUGUCAAGUCUAAGAGAUCUCUGCCUGGCCUAGAGCCCCAAGACUUUUUCCAAGCGUUUUCCUAAACAUUUUAUAGAUUGGUAUUUCACAUUUAAACCUAGAAAGACCAAAUCAUUUUGAGUUAACUUCAGCAUGAAUUGUAAAGUUUGGGUUGUUUUUGAUUUGUUGUUUUCUUCUGCAGUCCCGGGGCCUCACACAUUGAACUCCAUACCCAGUGCCCCCACCCUGCAUGGCUGGUUUGCUUUACUUAUUCUUGCCCCCCUGCCCCUGCAGUUUGUUGGGGGGUCUUUCCUCCCUGCUCAAACUCUGCACCUUUGUGCCUGUUGUGUGGCUGUUUCCUGUCCAGAGUCUUCUGUUGAUCAUGGCCCUGUCCCGUGUCCUGUCUCGUGGUCCCGAUGGCCAAAUCUGCGUUCUGACUGUUGAAACCUGUGGGUCGCUCCAGCCCCCAUCCAGCAGGUCUGGGGAGGAGCUGCUGGUUGGCAGGACCUCUGCACAAGGUCACAAUCCCUGGGCCAGGCUGUGGGACAGAGGUGCCUCCCUUGAUAGCCCAGCUGGGCUCUCCUGGCUCCCUGCCUUUUGUGGCUUUUGCUUCAGGGCAGCACUUGGCCUGGGCCCAGAGGGGCAUCUCCAAGAGCAGGGCACCCCACUUCCUCCCCUGAUGGCCUGUUCCCCACCAGGGCCUGGUGCUGGGCUGGGAAAGCCUCAGGCUGCCAAGACAGGGCCAGGCAGUCUGGGAGCUUCCACCUUGUGCCCUCCUGCCCUGCUGGUCCUACCUUGCCAGUGCUGGGCUGAGGGCAAGGCUCCUGGUCAGCACACAGGAACGGCCACUGCUCUUGGGUGAAACAGAGGCCUUGUGGGUGCUGCAGUGGCCAGUAGAGGCCACCAAGGCCAACAUGCCGUGGUGGGACAGUGAGGCCCAGAAUGAGUCCUGCAGGGCCACCCCCACUGGGUCCAUGUGCCUUUGGGGGUCAGGCCAGGCAGAGUGGACAUGGAGGUGCCCUGGCGUGUAUUGGGCAGCUGGUGGCACUUGGACGCAGUCUGGAGGUGUGGUUCCCCCCAGCCCAGGAGUCCCCACAGUCUCCCAGCUCCCCAUGUCAGGGGCCCUCCACGUGUCAGGCUGGCUGUCCCUGCUCUGUCAGAAACUCUCCCUGUGUGUCAACAGACAGGCGCAUAGGGACCGGCACUGCUUGCCCAGCCCCUGUGCUCACCUUAGUCUGCAGUGGCCCCUCCUCAGGGGUCCUCUAGACCCUGUCACUAGGCAGAGGGUGUGCAUGGGUGCCCCGUCCUUGGUGUGGGCAGAGUAGACAGCAUUGGGAGCCAGCAGCUGUUCCGGGGAGACCUAGGGCUCUGGGCAGUGAGGCCAGGUCACAGGCUUCCUCCUGUCAGGACCCAGCCUUCUCUUACAGAGGAAGGGCAGGCCUGCUGGCCCUGGGGUCCCUCCACUCGGUACCUGAGCGUGUGUCCUUUCCCUCCUGCCAGCAGCCAGAGCAUCAGAGUCCCAGGUACACACCGGCAGACCCGGCCUGCAGGCUGCUCUGUCGCCAAUGAACUCCAUGAACCCCAUGAAACCUGCCCUGCCCCCCGUGCCACACAGUGAUGGUUCAUUCGCAUACGAGUCUGUGCCUUGGCAACAGAGUGCCGCUCAGCCUGCUGGGUCCCUGUCUGUGGUCACUACCGUGUGGGGAGUCGGCAACGCGACACAGAGCCAGGUAUGCGGGUGGCCCAGGGGGCCUGGGACUCCCGUCACAUGCCGCACGACCCUCCGCUGACUUCACACAAGCAGCAGCCGCAGCCGCCAUGGCUGCCGCCGCAGCCACGGCCACGGCCACGGCCACUGCCACCGUGGCCGCCCUGCAGGAAAAGCAGAGCCAGGAGCUGAGCCAGUAUGGAGCGAUGGGGACCGGACAGUCAUUUAACAGCCAGUUUCUACAGCACGGAGGGCCCCGGGGGCCCAGUGUCCCCCCUGGCAUGAACCCUACCGGGAUGGCAGGAUUGAUAGGCCCCUCUGCCCUCUCCCCCAUGGCCAUGAACCCCACCCGGGCAGCGGGCCUGACGCCCCUGUAUGCAGGGCAACGUUUGCCCCAGCACGGCUACCCUGGGCCCGCCCAGGCCCAGCCGCUGCCCCGACAGGGGGUCAAGAGGACCUACUCUGAGGUGUAUCCAGGGCAGCAGUACCUGCAAGGCGGCCAGUACAUGCCCAGCACUGCCCAGUACACACCCGGGCCUGGGCAGCCCCCCACCCCCUCACCCUCCUACCCUGGGCACAGGCUGCCUCUGCAGCAGGGCAUGGGCCAGUCCCUGCCUGCACCCGGCCCCACGGGACUGCACUACAAGCCCACGGAGCAGUUCAAUGGGCAGGGCACCAGCUUCAACGGGGGCAGCAUGAGCUACAGCCAGCCGGGCCUAAGCGGGCCUGCCCGGACCAUCCCUGGCUACCCCAGCUCCCCGCUGCCAGGGAAUCCCACGCCACCCAUGACACCAAGCAGCAGCGUUCCCUACAUGUCCCCAAGCCAGGAGGUCAAGUCUCCCUUCCUGCCUGACCUCAAGCCGGGCCUCAGCACCUUGCACCCCUCGCCCUCAGGAGGCGGCCCCUGCGAUGAGCUGCGGCUGACCUUCCCGGUGCGGGACGGGGUAGUCCUGGAGCCCUUCCGCCUGCAGCAUAACCUGGCCGUAAGCAACCACGUCUUCCAGCUGCGGGACUCGGUGUACAAGACCCUGAUGCUGCGGCCUGACCUAGAGCUGCAGUUCAAGUGCUACCACCACGAGGACCGCCAGAUGAACACCAACUGGCCAGCCUCGGUGCAGGUCAGCGUCAAUGCCACACCGCUCUCCAUCGAGCGGGGCGACAACAAGACCUCGCACAAGCCGCUCUACCUGAAGCAUGUGUGCCAGCCUGGCCGGAACACCAUCCAGAUCACCGUCACAGCCUGCUGCUGCUCACACCUCUUCGUGCUGCAGCUGGUGCACCGGCCGUCCGUGCGCUCUGUGCUACAGGGCCUUCUCAAAAAGCGCCUGCUGCCGGCUGAGCACUGCAUCACCAAGAUAAAGCGGAACUUCAGCAGCGGUACCAUCCCCGGCACCCCUGGGCCCAACGGAGAGGACGGAGUGGAGCAGACGGCUAUCAAGGUGUCCCUAAAGUGCCCGAUCACCUUCCGCAGGAUCCAGCUCCCUGCUCGCGGCCAUGACUGUCGCCACAUACAGUGCUUUGACCUGGAGUCCUACCUGCAGCUGAACUGUGAGCGGGGGACCUGGCGGUGCCCCGUGUGCAACAAGACAGCAUUGCUGGAGGGCCUGGAGGUGGACCAGUACAUGUUAGGCAUCCUGAUUUACAUCCAGAACUCUGACUACGAGGAGAUCACCAUUGACCCCACGUGCAGCUGGAAGCCCGUGCCCGUGAAGCCCGAUGUGCACAUCAAGGAGGAUCCAGACGGGCCGGUGCUGAAGCGCUGCCGCACCGUGAGCCCCUCACACGUGCUCAUGCCCAGCGUGAUGGAGAUGAUCGCAGCCCUGGGCCCUGGCAGUACCCCCUUCGCCCCCCUGCAGCCCCCCUCGGGCCCUGUACCCAGCGACUAUCCAGGCCAGGGGUCCAGCUUCCUGGGGCCUGGGCCCUUCCCCGAGUCGUUCCCCCCGACCACACCCAGCACCCCGAGCCUUGUGGAGUUCACCCCAGGGCCGCCCCCCAUCUCCUACCAGUCCGACAUUCCCAGCAGCCUCCUGACUCCAGAGAAAGCUGCUCCCUGCCUCCCUGGCCAGAUGACACCAGCAGGCCACCUGGACCCAGCCCACAAUCCUGGGCCACCGGGGCUGCACGCAUCCAACCUUGGGGCGCCCCCAGGCCCCCAGCUGCACCACCCGAACCCUCCCCCCGCUUCCCGGCCACCCCUGGGCCAGACGAGCUCGGGGCCUGUCAGCGAGCUGGCCUUCAACCCGGCCACAGGCGUGAUGGGGCCCCCCAGCAUGGCCGGCCCAGGGGAGGGGCCGGAACCAGCUCUGGAUCUGCUCCCGGAGCUCACCAACCCCGAUGAGCUGCUGUCCUACCUGGGCCCCCCUGACCUCCCAGCGAACAGCAACGACGACCUGCUCUCUCUCUUCGAGAACAACUGACCCCAAGUGAGCCCAGCCUGCGGGGACGAACCCAGAGCUGUCACCUCAGCUGGCCCCCAGCCCCGCAGCACACUGGCAGCCCUCUCUCCAGCUUCCCACACUCGCUGGCUGGAAGUCCACGCUGGGUCCCGGCCCAGGCCCUGGCCCGCCCCACCCCGCCCUGCCCCGCUGGCCCAGCAUCCCAGCGCCCAGUCAGCCCCACCUCGGUCAGCCCCACCGGUACCGCACCAUCUGCCCUGCCUGUCCCCGACCACCCAAUCUCCAUGCCUCCCAGAAAGAGCCGGGUGCCCACGGGCUGCCCGGGGCCAGCACCACCCUGGCCGGCGUGUGCUGUGGCUCUAAAGCACAACGAUGUACAUAGUGUAGAGUGCCAGCCGCCAGGGCUGUGCCAGUCGCAUGUCCCCCACUGCCCAGGCCCUGUGCUCUCUGCCCCUGCCCUUGGGGACAGCUCGGGGGCGGCCAUUGAGGAAGGGACCAAGCUGCAGCCUGGGGGCUCGUGGACUCGGCUCCAUGUACAGAUUCUCCAGUGGGCUGCUCUCCCCACCCCUUUUCUGUGACAGUGAAGAAUUAGUAAGCUGUGUUUUUAAAUCACCUCUGGUCCCCGCCUGUGGCCCACACCCAGGUGGCCAGGGGACAACACCCUCUGCUGGCUUGGCGCAGGGCCUGUUUUGUCUCCCGUCUGUGCGAUCUCUAUUAAAGGACUCCCUCCUGGCGGG